AUGGACAUCCCUGAAGAAAACACACCUGAGAAGAUCAAGACUGCCAUCAAAGCCCACAGGCCGGGAGGGAGCAAGUCUGGGCAGAUUGGACUCAUGAAUAUUGUUUAUGUCGUCGAAGCUUGGCGGAGGCAGAAAAUUGCAUCGACACUUUUGUCUGUAGCCUUCAAGGAGUUUCCCAAGGCGUACCCGAACUGGGGUGUAGUCUACCUACUGGUUCUCCGCACAAACCAACCCGCGAGAGAACUUUAUAGGAAGGCGGGGUUCAUCAACAUACUGGGUGAGUUUCUCCGUGUCUUGCUUGGCUCAAUACAUGUAACCGUACACAUGAAGUAG